UUUAGUAGAAAUAUUGAAAUUCUUAAACAAACAACAUUAAAGCAAGAAAACGUCUUCAAAUGUUUUGCAAAAAUUUUGUUAAAAUCUUUUGUGUUAUUAUAAUCAAUAUAUUAUUUUUAUGCGAGGGUCGCAUUUUAAAACGCUGUGAUUUGGCUCGAGAAAUGUUACGUUUGGGUACUUCUAAACAUGAACUUGCCACCUGGUGUUGCAUUGCACAAUUUGAAAGUAAAUUUAAUACUUCGGCGGUGGGCCAAUUAAAUGGCAAUUGGUCUAAUGAUUAUGGUCUUUUUCAAGUUAGUGAUCGUUAUUGGUGUCAAUCGAGAGCUUCAAGACCCUCUGCUAAUCUAUGUAAAGUUUCAUGUCAAUCUUUAAUAACUGACAAUAUAGCAGAAGCUGUUAAAUGUGCUCAUAAUGUUAAGAAACGUCAAGGUUGGCGAGCUUGGGCUGCUUACAAUGGUCGUUGUAAUAAAUUGAAAUCUUUGCCGUCUAUAGAAGAAUGUUUUUAAAGUUUAAAGUAAAAUAUGAAUAAAAAAUUUUGUUUACAAAAAAUAAAAAA